GCUCAGUCGUUCAUUCUUCCUGGCUCAGUAAUUACAAUCGCUACUAUGGACGGUCAUUACCCUGGUGAUGUUGGCAGUUUUGAGGUUUGGGAUUAUGUAGUCUUUGGUGGGAUGCUUAGUGUGUCUCUUGGCAUUGGGUUUUAUCAUGGAUGUACGGGAGGAAAACAAAAGACAACCCAAGAGUUCCUGCUAGCAGACCGAAGCAUGAACCCCAUCCCAGUGGCGAUGUCUCUGGUAGCAAGCUUUAUCUCUGCAAUCACGGUACUCGGCACGCCAGCUGAGGUUUACAUCAACGGGGCAGCGUUCUGGUUGUUCGCCAUUUCCUACCCUAUUGUGGCCAUUUUGGUGUCCAGACUCUUCAUUCCGGUCUUUUUCAGGCUAAACGUAACGAGUGCAAAUGAGUAUCUGGAGAAACGCUUCAAUAAAGCUGCGAGGGUAUCGGGUACAAUUACAUUUUUCAUCAAUAUGGUUUUGUAUUUGGGAAUUGUCAUCUAUACCCCUGCCUUGGCCCUCAAUGCAGUUACCCACAUCAGUUUAUGGGGAUCUGUUCUAGCAACAGGACUUGUAUGCGCGAUCUACACAACUGUGGGUGGUAUGAAGGCAGUGCUAUGGACAGACGUCUUCCAAACCUGCGUCAUGAUGGCAGGUUUUCUAGCUAUCAUCAUAGAAGGUUCCUCAAGACUUGGUGGAUUUGGAAGAGUCUGGACGAUUGCAGAAGAAGGGGGAAGGAUCGACAUUUGGAAUUUCAAUUUCGAUCCAAGUAUUCGUCAUACAUUUUGGUCGGUUGUCGUUGGAGGGACUUUCAGUUGGUUAACGACUUAUGGGGUCAACCAGUCUCAAGUUCAACGCUACAUAACAACAGGAUCCGUCAAAAGAGCUAGAAUAUCGAUAUUUCUGGCAGCUUUUGGGAUGAUCGUCGUUGUUUCCAUGUCCUGUUUCUCCGGCCUAGUGAUGUAUUCUUACUAUGCUGAUAAACAAUGCGAUCCCUAUUCAAGUAACAAGGUUUCUGAAACAGACCAGCUUGUUCCUUUCUUCAUGUUGGAUUUGUUUGGUUCCAUCCCCGGUCUUCCUGGCCUUUUCACUUCAGCAGUAUUCAGUGCUGCACUCAGCACGGUAUCCUCUGGAUUGAACGCACUGGCUGCAGUAACAGCUGAAGAUCUGGUCAAGCCAUGCUUUCCUCGAAUGAGUCAAGAAAGAUAUACACUAGUAACCAAAGGAAUCGCUCUUGGGUUCGGAGUGUUGUCAAUCUUCGCUGCUUUCGUCACUUCAUUUCUAAAACAAGGAGUGUUAGAGAUAGCCAUCAGCUUGUCCAGUGUUACAGGAGGUCCUCUACUGGGACUGUUUAGUCUGGGUCUCUUCUUUCCAUGGAGCAAUUCAAAGGGUGCCGUUGUAGGGUUGAUCUGUGGGUGUUCAUUCGGCUUCUGGGUCGCCAUUGGGUCUAUUUUCUACCCACCCUAUUCUUACAAGCCCCCGCUGAUAACAAGUGGAUGUAAUAUUACCAUGACUACACCACUGACAUCACCUUUUAUGACAACAGCCGAGGCAGAUCCAGCUGACAGACCCUUAAUUACUGAACUUUACACGCUGUCAUACACGUGGUAUGCCUGCACCUUCUGGCUGGUAACCGUCACAGUGGGCCUAGUUGUUAGUUUCAUUACAGGUCCCACUAAAAGGAAAGAUAUUGAUCCCGUUUUGAGGUCACACUGUGUGGAUGGCCUGUAUUGCUAUCUACCUGAAGCGAUCAAGAAACCUUUACGAUGCGGGGAUGACAAGUUGGUCUAUUACGAAGAAGAUGAAGACAAAGACGAAGACGUGUUUAAAGUGACUGAAGAUAAAGACGUGAUGACAAGUACCGCCAUGUGA